AUGCCCCGACACGACGAGCGCUCGCCGCUCCUACAGCAAACAUGGAGUGAACAAGGACAUCCUUGCACGCAUCUCCGCAUCCAAGACCUAUCCUGCAACGAGAACCCGCGAGCAUGGCCAAGAGCAAGCAAAAUGGCAAAUGUGGCCGUUAUAGCCCUCAUGUCAAUUCUUAGUCCCCUCGUCUCAUCCAUGUUCACGCCCGGCAUCGCCCAAAUCGCACAAGACCUGCAUUGCUCUCAGACUGCCGUCAUUGGCACAACCACCGGCUUCGUCGUCAUGUUGGGUUUCGGUCCGUUGAUUCUCGCGCCCCUGUCUGAGACGUUUGGGCGGCGCAAAAUCUACCUUGUGUGCUUCGCCAUCUUCGCUCUGCUUCAGAUUCCCGCUGCCCUCGCACCCAACAUCGCCUUUCUCAUCACCGUACGCAGCUUUGCGGGCUUCUUCGGGAGCGUAGGCAUCGCGAAUGGCGGCGGCACCAUCAGCGAUAUGUUUUUGCCGAGUGAACGGGCAGGCGUCUUCGGUUGGUAUCUUCUUGGGCCGCUCUUAGGCCCCACGCUAGGCCCUCUCGUUGGUGGAGUCAUCGUGCAGCGGCUUGGAUGGAGGUGGAUCUUCUGGAUCAUGACGAUUGUGUGCUGUGUCAAUACCCUGGCUGGCUACUUCUUCCUGCGCGAAACCUACGCACCCGUCAUUCUCAGCGGUAAAAAGGCAGAGCUCCAGGCGCAGACCCCCGAGUGGGAUGACACAAAGUACUCGUUUGAAGGCGAGGAUUCACGCCCGCUGAGUGAAAAGAUUGCACAAGCUUUGAAGCGCCCUCCCAAGAUCUUCGCCCAACCCAUUGUCGCAGUCAUGUCGGUAUAUCAAGCUCUCGUCUUCGGCACCACCUACAGCAUCUACACAAACAUGCAGCCCAUCUACGGCGACGACUACGGCUUUUCGACGGAGAAGGUUGGCCUGCUCUACCUCGGGCCAGGCUGUGGCUUCUUAUUCGCCGUCUGGUUUCUCGUGCCUCGCAUCGACACAGUAUACAAGUCGCUCACGGCCAAAAACUAUGGAAAAGCAAGGCCGGAAUUUCGCCUACCUCUGGCAAACAUAGGCUCCGUCUUUAUUCCCGUGUCGCUCUUCUGGUUUGCAUGGGCUGUUGACAAGCAUACGCACUGGCUUGCCUCACUGUCGGCGACCUUCUUCUACGGCGUCGGCCAGGUUAUGAUUCUGAAUAGCACGCAGAAUUAUUUCAUCGACAGCUUUGAAAAAUACGCCGCAAGCGCCAUAGCUGCUGGAACGGUAUUCCGCAGCGUUAUCGGAGGCGUUGUUCCCAUCUUUGCCCCUGCCUUGUUUGAGAAACUAGGUUAUGGAUGGGGUAUUAGUACUUUCGCCUUCGUCAGCUUGCUUCUUGCACCCGCUCCCGUUUUGUUCUACGUUUUUGGCGAGCAGCUGAGGAAUAGAUAUCCUGUAAAUUUGUAA